UAAAGAUAACAAAAGAAAAUGGAGUAUAAAAUAAGAAGAAACUGCCAAGCAACGAAACAACACGAAGUUCCCUUUGCAGUUUGCUCCUCUUCUGCCACCACGCCGCCGUCGGAUACACAUCUCUCUCUCUCUCUCUCUCUCUCUAUCUCUCAUCGCGUCGGCGGGCCAUUGACAUUUCCAUCCAACCGCCAUCGGAUCAAUCCGCCUCCAGGAGAAGGUGACCUCGCUGCCGAUGAGGUUCCUCCGCCGGAUCGCCGGCCUCCUCGGCAUCUCCCGGGACGACGCCGACCACCCUGACGCCGCUGCGGCGGCCGAAGUUCUGCAGGAUAGGGCGGCGGCUGCUGCGGAAGCCGCCGCCGGGGUGCAGGGGACAAGGCGGGGGUUUAGCGUCCAGGUGCCCGUCGCCGUCGAGCGGACGGGGCCCGGGCCCGUGAUGGUGCCUUGCCCCCAGGGGGACGGCGGCGUGCAGGGCUUUAGGUGGUAUACAAGGAGGCUGAGGAUUGAUAAAGACGGCGAUGUAGCUGAUGAGUUCUUGGACGAGGUUGUUCCAGAAAGCUCAAUGAACAACGAUGCAAGUCCAGUGGGAAGGUUUCAUGUGAAAUACAAUACGAAGCCAGCCGCUCUCGCGUUAAGAAAGCAGAUAGUUGCCGUUGAUGGCAGCAUCCGUCAUAGCUUGGAAUACCAAGGUCAACUGCGGUGGGUGUGAGUGAAAUGUAAGCUUGAGUUGUAGUGUUCUAGCAUCCUGUCGUUUCAAGGUUGAUGCUUCGUGUUGGCCAAAGACGCACAGGAGUGUAUGACCUGCUUUCUCUAUCUUGAAGCCCCCCUGGAGUGGAUGUAGAGUUCAUGGCUAACGCAUCAUUCUUCAUUCAGUGUGGUGGGGUAUGCUUGGUCUUAUGAUGGUUCAGAUCACUUGUACCACUAGUAGCUGUACAUUGUUGAACAGAAGUAAAUCAGCUACUGCUAGAAAUGUAGAAGUGGUAAUGUACUUGCAAACAGAGCCACUGAAUACUUGCAUGAGAUGUUGUUGAUUAAGCUAUUCAUUUAUGCGGAAGCUCUAUUGAACUGACA